AUGCAAAACGGCAAAGCCUCCACUUCACCGUCCUCUAACAACAACAGCUUGCUCGCACUUUCCGAACAGCUAGCAACCAUAAGAAUUUGUCGGGAACGCCAUCUAUUCGCUCCCAAACCUCCAUCCUCCACCAAACUCGAUGAAGACAUACCCUCCUAUUACAUCAAGCAAAAUGAUAAGAUUUUGAAUUCAGAUUGUUAUGGAGAUUGUCGGUCCAUGAUUCAUCAUUCGGAGAGUAGCAAUGAUUUUUUACUAUUUUCAAAACAAGUGUUUCAACAUGUGUGUUCAUCAUCAUCCAUACCAGACCCGACCACAUACAAACUCGUUUCAAAGAAUGAAAUUUGCAAACAAGUACCAAUCAUGCAAUCCUUGUUAUUCAAACGACAACAUGAAUAUUUACCUCCGAAAAUUGUAAAUGUACCUUCAUCAUCCACAACAAGUCAUCCGCUUCCGAUAUCAAAGCCUGCCACAGGUAUAAACCUUCCAGUGAAAGCUCUCCGAGGAAAUAUGAGAAAUCCUAGUCCAUCAUCCAACAAUGGGAAAACCUCCAGCAACAAUAGUGGCGGAAGUACAACCAAUGACCCCAUGAUCGUGGAUGAUGAUGAAGAGAAGCCAAAAUCUUCUUUUGUAACAGCUCGCCAAUUAGUCAAUAACAAGAGGAAAAAAAUGGGAGAGAAAAAUGUGAGUGAUGAUGAAAAGGAAGAGGAAGAAAGUUCGAGUAGUAAGCAGAAAAAUUUGAGUGAUAUCAAGAGCUCUACAUCCAAUUAUCAUCCUGUGACAUCACUAACAGCAAAUUCUGGAAAAAAGAAAUUCGUUACUCCAUUCAAAGACAAGGAAAAUUCAAAUAGCAACAGUAGUAACAACAACAACAACAAAACUAAUACUUCCAAGAACAGUGGAGAAAAGCCAUCGAAAAAGAAAAAGACAGACGACGAUGAUGGUGCUGAUCUUUCGAAAUUAUUUGCGGACGGAGUCAUCCCUGAAGAACUUUCGCAUCUUAGUCCAAAAUUAAUUGAAACCAUUGCGAAUGAAAUCUUAGACUCUUCAAUUUCUGUGACUUGGGAUGAUAUUGCUGGUUUGAAAUAUGCCAAGAACUCUGUACAAGAAGCAGUAAUUUGGCCUCUCAUGCGACCUGACUUGUUUUUUGGACUAAGACGACCACCAAAAGGUCUACUCUUAUUUGGACCUCCAGGUACCGGUAAGACUCUAAUUGGAAAAGCCAUUGCUCACGAAAGUGGCUCUACCUUCUUCUCUAUAUCAGCAUCAAGUUUGACAAGCAAAUGGGUGGGUGAAGGAGAAAAAUUAGUGCGAACUCUUUUUGCACUCGCUCGAUAUUUUCAACCAUCAGUAGUGUUUAUCGAUGAAAUUGACAGUUUACUUUCCCAAAGAACUGACUCUGACAGUGACAGUGGUAGUAGAAGAUUAAAAACAGAAUUUUUAGUUCAGCUUGAUGGUGCUUCAACCAAUGACGAAACAGAUCGAAUUUUAAUUGUUGGUGCCACCAAUAGACCAGAAGAAAUUGAUGAAGCUGUGAGAAGAAGAAUGCAGAAACGUUUGUACAUUCCUCUUCCAUCAAAAGAAGGAAGAAAGGAAAUGUUAACAAGACUUCUCUCGAAAAAUCCUCACGUCAUUUCUGAAGAUGAGAUGAACACUUUGGUCGAUUUGACCGAUGGCUACUCAGGAAGUGACAUUAAGAAUCUUUGUGCAGAAGCUUCAAUGUUUGCUAUCAGAGAUUUAGGAUCACAAAUCAAACAUGCAGCUGCUUCAGAAUUGAGACCAAUAGAAUUUAAGGAUUUCAAAGCAGCCCUAAAAUCCAUUCGUCCAUCUGUGGCACAAAGUGAUUUACAACGAUACAUUGAAUGGAACAAAACCUUUGGAUCUUUUGAUUAUAGUGAAUCAGCAGAAGAGUCUGAAAAGGGCAGUAGUUCUGAGUAA